GAGGCUCUUAACUUUGCCACCUUUGGUCCUGCGCAGCCACCGGUCGGUUUGAUGUGACACAUGGGAGCGACUCAGUCGUGCCCUGAUAUGAGCGAGGCUGUUGACGCUGUCAAUGCAAGCUCUACGGGCAGCCAGCCUGGUGGUUACGUACACGCCAAUCACUUGCUAGGUAGCUGCUGGGUAGAUGACCAGCACCAACAGAAAUGGUCCCCCUCGGUAAUGCGGACCUCCCUGGUGUUUAUAAUUUUGUCCAUAAUCACGAUGGUGUUGAAAUAGGAUCGACCACCCACAUGCCGAUAACCUUCUGGUGCUACUAUAACCAUUUCUUUACACCGUCUCACAUGUACCAGGAAAUUUCCUAGUUGAGAAAACGUACUUUGCUUUGAAAUGCAGCUUUGCCAUCUGUAACAGGGGAGAUUAAAGGUUUC